UUCCUAAAAAUGAUUUUAAACAGCCCAGUUGUGCUGAAAUUUUUGCUUAUUCUUUUUGUGAUAACGAAAAUUCAAUCUGGAAACCUUGUAGAAGGAACCAACAGUGAGAGCCAGUGUGGUGUAUCUUUAAAAAUUAGUGGACGAAUCUACAAUGGAAAAGUGGUGGAAAAAAAUCAGUGGCCAUUCCUAGUGGCAUUGACGUAUAAUCCUGAUGGAGAGUUUUUUUGUGGUGGAACUCUCAUUUCACGUAGUCACGUCCUAACAGCGGCACAUUGUCUUCAAGAAAAAAGACAGCAAACACCAUUAACACCAUCACAAUUCGUUUUGCAUCUCGGAAAAUAUAACUUGAGUCUUGCCCAUGAACGUGGUUCAAUCACAGCUUUUCCUGAAAACAUAAAAAUUCAUCCCAAUUGGAAUAUUUUUCAAAUCAAAUACGAUUACGACAUAGCAUUAAUUAAAAUGGAUGGAAUUGUUCCAUUAAGAUCGAAUAUUUUUCCUGCGUGCUUAUGGACGUCUGCAUUAGGAAUGAGAAAUAUUCAGACUGGAACUGUUGUCGGCUGGGGAAUAAUCGAAGAUCAAUUGACAAGCCAACAUCAAUUAAUUCCAAGACAAAUCGAACUUAAAAUAGUUACAAAUGAAGUUUGCUAUGAAGUUGAACCUAUGGCAAAUUUAAUUUCAAGUCGUACAUUUUGUGCUAUUGGUGAAAAUGGAAGUGGACCAUGUAAAGGUGACAGUGGCGGUGGUUUCUUUAUGAAGGAAAAUUCUAAAUGGUUAAUUAAAGGAAUCGUUUCGUCUUCACUUGUCACGGAAGAAGGAAAUUGUGACGUUGAAAGUUAUUCAAUUUUCACAGAUAUUUCAAAAUUUUCAAAUUGGAUAGCUAAGGAAAUGAGCGUUGAAACUGAUAUGACAUGCAAAUUUUUUUUAGAAGACGGUAAAAGAUAUCACUGCUUCCCAAAAAACCUCGUCAUUCAGCAGCCUAAUGUGGAAGUUUCAGUAAUAAUGGGAGUUCAUCUUGGACAACGUAGCAACAACGACGUCACAAAAUUUUCUAUCUUAUUCCAAGAGACAUCAUAUUUACCACAUGGAAUUCCAGAACUCUUUCCAAACCUUACAAGAUAUUGUGCCUUCAAAACAAAUUUGAAGCAUAUUCAAAGAAGUGAUUUCAGUGGAUUUCAAUCUUUGACAACUAUUGAGAUGGGUUAUAAUGAACUUACUAAUAUUCCAGCAGACACCUUUUACGAUGUACCAGGUUUGAAAAAACUACAUCUUCAAAGAAAUCAGAUUGUUUCAUUUGACGUCGAUUUGUUCAUCAAUAAUCCUAAUUUAAAAGAAUUUUUUGCUUACAAGAAUCAAAUUGAAUAUCUCGAUGGUCGCCUUUUUAGGAAAAACUUAAAUUUGGAAUUAAUUGUCAUGGAUUAUAAUAAACUUAAGCACAUCGAUUUCGAAUUGUUUACACCGUUGAAGAAACUGAAAGUGGUCAAUUUUCGUCACAACACUUGCAUUUCGGAAUUUUUUUCUGAAAUGAAAGACUUCGAAGGCUUUAAAGCAAUAAUUGCGACAAAUUGUAGCAUCUAGCAAAUUUUUUUUUUGAAGUUAUUGGUGACCGAUAGAUUGAUAGAAAAUAAUUUGUAAAUAUUCAAAUGAAGAAAUUUCAAUGAGUCGAAACAUUUAUGAACUUUUGACGCUUCAUUAAGAAACUACGUUAAAUUUAACUAGGGUAAACAAGGUAUUGUGAACACACGUAAUUUCGAAUGCGAUUUUCUUCGCUAUUUUGCAUUCAAAUGGAUCAAAACUU